GAGAGAGAGAGAGAGAGAGAGAGAGAGAGAGAGACAGAGAGAGAGAAGUUGAUGGUAUUGAGUCAGUCUUCAGUGUGACAGCAGUGAGAGAUGAUCAUGCGGCGGACAAACUUCCACUGCUAUCAUCAUCGCCAUCAUCAUCAUCCUCCUCAUCACCACCAACUAGACCCAGCAGCUGAGGAAUAAUGUCAGCCAACAACAACACGACUACCGAGGUGAGAGACUACACCUGCGUGCGCUUCUACGUCUCCACCGUGUCCUUCUCGGUGCUCCUCUUCUUCAACCUCGUCAUCAACUGGACCAUAGUCCGCGUGGAGCAGCUCCGCAGUCACGCCCGCUUCGUGCUCGUCUUCCACCUGCUGGCGUCCGCCCUGGUGCACCUGGGCAUGCGCAGCGUCUUCUACUACCACCAGCUCUACCACCUGGACGCGCGGCCGCUGAGCAGGUCCGCGUGCCUCGCCAUGAUCACCGUGUUGAUCAGCAGCGCGUCCAACAUCCUGCUGACGCUCACGGCCAUGGCGCUGGACCGAUACUGCGCCGUGUGCCACCCGAUGCGCUACACCACGGCCGCCUGCACAUCUGGGCGCUGGGCGUGGUUGCUAGGUGCGCUCACCUGGCUGGUUGCUAUGGUGAUUGCGCUAAGCCUCCUCCUCCCUCAGGAGGAGUAUAACGGGAUGUGUGGAGGGGAGCAGCUGAAGAAAGGCGAGCUGCAGAAGGUGUUGUUCAUCGGUGUGUGCACGGUGGUGAUACUGUACAGCUACGUGAGGAUCCUGGUGGAAGGACGGAGGUUAGGGGUGGUGAACCGGCGCAACCGAGCCGGCUGUAGGACCAUCCUGCUCCACGGUACCCAGCUGGCGGUUUACCUGCUGCCUAACUUUGUGAACUUCAUGCUCUCGAUGCUUAGCAACCGGUCGCUCAUCCAGCCGGACACUAAAGAGAUGGCAGCCGUGGUGAUCUUCGCGUUCUUCAGCUUGGCUCAGUGCGUCGCUCCGGUUGUUUACGGUUUGCGUAAAGAGGAGCUGAUGGAGCAGCUGAGUUACAGGUUCCCCUGCUGCUCCCGGUACCUGAAGAGCGUGCUCGGAUGGACGGUGCACAACAACUGGCCACACACGCAACAACACAUCACAAGGGAGCGAACGCUGACAGCGCAGACGAUCAUCUCCCUGCAGGUCUCGCAAGUCCCAGAGGAGGAGGAGGAGGAAACACGGCCAAUGUCAGUCAGGAGUUCCUCACAUGACUCAGAAUCAUGUCAAGGCGAUACGGACAAUGACUGAUGCGGGGGAAAGCAGGUCAAUAUUUACACAGAAUAUUUGGAUAACAGCUCAAGUCUUAAGGGAACUAAAGGAACCGCCUGGAACAUAAUGAUCCUAUAAGGUGUCUUCCUCUGGCUGUGCAUCAUGGUCACGCCAACAUCAGCACGUCGCUCUAUUUGUGACCUUUUUGUCAGGAGAGCACACAUGCAGAUUCACAUUGGAGCUGGAGUACGGUUGAAGAAGAAGUGGACAGUUCUCUUGUACAUUUUCCUGGAUGGUCCAGGGAUUUAAACCUCAAGUCUUCAGGUCACAAGUCUCUGACCUCAAGGCCACAAACAGCCCAGCAUUUGGGAUUCAAAUGACUGGGAUAGAGGAUAAACACAUCGUCUGGUGAAUGUUGUUCCCAUGUGUUCUUAACCUUGUGGAUAUUAAAUAUUAAAUAAUUUAUUCCAAAGAAAACGUA